AUGUCUGUGCUUUAUCCAUUUGCGAUAAAGAGAACAAAAUUGGAAGCGGGUCGAAAACGCGCUCUCCACUUCGAAGAUCUUUAUCCUUUCGAGAUCAAGAGAUCAAAAAUCGACAAGGAAGAAUUGCACAGAAUGCGAAAAAUACAUGAGCAAAUGCAACGAAUUGAAAUAAUCAGUAUGAAUUGGAAGGUUAAACGAGUGAGUAAAAGAUAGAGAAUUUGAAAUCUGAUUUUCGGGGAUAUCAAGUAAACAGGAUUGAAGUAAUAAUCAUGUACAAUUUAGGCUCAACGCGAAAAUCUACCGGUUUUGAAUAAUGGGAUUGUUGAAAUUGAAAGGAAUGGUCUGAAUGAGCAAGAAGCAUUGAUUAUGGAGGAUGAAAAUGAUGAUCGAAUUAUCAUUGAAGUAAUGAAUCAAAUGUUAAUGGAUGUGAUCGAGAUGGAAGAACAACAAAAUCAACAAGAAGAUCAAAUUGAUGUAAGUUACUGGUUUCAAGAGGGAAAAACGGGAAUUUUAAUUGAAAUCUUAUAAUAAUACAUGUUUCAGGUUCAACCUGAAGAACCGGAAAUGUUGGAUGCUGAAAUGAUUCGAUUCAAUAUCAAUCAUUAUCCGAGGAUUUGCGACAUUCGGGAUGGAGCUCAAGAGGAGGGCGAGGAAAUUCGGUCGAGAAACCAUCAAAGAUAGCCACAAUUUGUCGAAUAUCUCUGAAAGAUCCGAAGGAGAACCAGCACCACGUGUUGCAAACAUUGUCAAUUUCGCCGAACAACAACAGCAUAUCCAAUACCUCAACGCUCAACCAAGGAAUACGGCGGCGGUGCAAAUUGGUUUUGGAAAUGCGAUUGAAAUUGAGGUUUUGGCAGCUAUGCGAAGAGAAGCGCAAAUUGUGGAAUUGGAACAGCAGAAUGAGCGCCAGGAGAUUGAGGUUUUGCCAGCUAUGCGAAGAGAAGCUGAAAUUGUCGAGAUGCAGCCACAAAUUGGAAUCCGAAUAAUUCAAGCUCCACCACCAAUCAUUGCUCAACCAAUUCCAAAUGCACCAGUGCCAAAUAUUGCACAAGUUGUCAAUUUUGUGCAACCAGCAGUUCCAGCGGUAGCUCCUCCACCUGCCGCUGCUCUUCAAAUUGCUGCAGCUCCACCACCUCCACCUGCACCUGCACCGGCUCAACCACAAAUUCCAGUUGUGCAACAAGUUGCGGCUCCAGCUCCACCACAAAUUCCAGUUGUGCAACAAGUUGCGGCUGCUGCACCUCCACCACCACCUCCAGUUGUACAACAAGUUGCGGCUGCUGCACCUCCACCACCACCUCCAGUUGUACAACAAGUUGCGGCUGCUGCACCUCCACCACCACCUCCAGUUGUACAACAAGUUGCGGCUGCUGCACCUCCAGCUCCACAAAUUAUAACGGACAAUGAGUGGAAGAAGAUGUGCGAAGAGUGUUUGGAAGUGAUUAGGAGAGGACAAGUGGCUGUGUUGAGAGGCCGUGUCACGAAUUCUACGAUUGACGGUGUUAUGGCCGUCAAUCGAUCGCGUACAACCGCAAGGCGAUUAUUGGCACACCCACCGGCACCAGGAAAAAGGGCGAUCGAAUUAUUAUGGGACUUCGCACGCUGCCAAAAGUGAGAAUCAAUGAUAUUUGGCCAUAAGUGAGUUUGGGAGCAAAAACUAUGAAUUCAGUGAUUUUUGGGAAAAUUUUAGAGAGCCUACAUAUCUCAAAAUGAUUUUAAAACCCUACAUUCACAAAGAAAACCGAGUAAAACGUGAAAAAAAGAAAAAAAAGAAAAAAAAAUUUUUCGAAAUGAAAAAGUGUGCAGUGGGGCGCACUUACUCGCCUUGCCGUUUUUUGAAUUUUUUUUUCAUUUCAGCAUCGCCAUCUUCAUCAAUUUUCCAUGGUGCGAUUAUUAUUAUAUUGAUCAUUAUUAUUAUUAA